AUGGACGACCAGGUGGUCAACCGAUACCCAAUAUCUGAACUGCCUUUGCCAGCCCCAGACGUCUUGCGUGCCGAAUUAGAUCUCCCCGGCAAAUUCCUUGCCGUGUCGUUCCGGCUCUAUCAGAUGAUGAGCAAAUCUCUCAACAAGCAGUACGCAGCCAACGUCGAGAAUGCGGACCCGAGGCCGGACGACAUGGCUCCGCUUCAAGCGUCUGGCGAGCUCCGGAAGGCCCUUCGCCUGUGGUCUGCCAGCCUGCCACCAAGCCUAUACCUAUGCGAGCUGACCUCAAAUAUACUAUCCGAAAACACGCAAACGGAUCGACUGCGUGUCAUCCUCACCUUGAGGUACUACAAUCUCAGCAUCCUCAUCCACAGGCCCUUGCUCAGCACCACCAUACGCCACCUAUUUGGCGGUGACCAUAUGUCUGGGGGAAAUCCGCCCUACCUCAUCCAGCCUGCCAUGGGGGAGGGAGGCCCACGAAUGCAUACGCUCAGCGCAAAAUACCAUCGAGCUGGUGCACGCCGUGAUAGGGGCCCGGCUAACACACUUCCCAGAUGCUACGACAAAUGCGUAGAAUAA